AUGAAUUUCCAAGCACAAAUUCAACAAUUUUCCAAAAACCGGCUUAAAAAUGUCGAAACUGUUGUUACAACCGUUGAUGGUAAGAAGCUUUUAGAGAGAAAAAGCGAUGUCGACCCUGAAAGAGUAAUCACUGUUGACACUGGACAGAGAACAUUUGGUUUCUGCGAGGACAUCAAUCCGGACACCAAGAUAUACAGGAUAAAACCAAAUCUCUAUAUCAGCUCUCAAGAUGGUGCAAGCAACUACACUGAACUAAUGGACCAUCAAAUAACACACAUUCUGAAUGUUGCUACUGGUGUGAAAAACGCUUAUCCUGAGGAAUUCAUCUACAGAAAAAUAGAGCUGCUUGAUAUUCCAGAGACACGAAUUGACCAACAUUUCAGUGAAAUGAUUGACUUCAUUAAUACUGGCUGUAGAGAUGGCGCUGUGCUAGUUCACUGCAAUGCCGGCAUCUCAAGAUCAUCUACUGCUGUAAUUGCAUACUUGAUGCAUAGCAUGCGAAUGACUCUCUCAGAUGCACUGGAACUGGUGAGGGAAGCAAGACCAGUAGCAAAACCCAAUGAUGGAUUUAUGAAACAAUUACAAGAAUAUGAACAAAAACUCAGAUUAUAAAAAGUUAAUGGUAAUGGCUCUGUCAAGGAAAGUCGUCAAAGGGAAAUUUAUGUAGAGGAAUAUAUUUGAAUGAAAGACUGCCUGAGGRAAAGAAGACCAAGUGAAAAAAUGAACAAAAGCUAGCAUACACACUCACUUAAAUGUAACGGCGAGAAUUACAUUAAUUUGGAUGAAAGUGUAGGCGGGUAAAGACAAAAGCAAAAUCCAAAAAGCAAAAACGAAAAACGAAAAAAACAGCAAUAAGAAUAACGACAACAACAAAAACAAAAACAACAAAAAAAGCAACAACACGGUGACGAGAGACAACAGUGAGAUUCUGGCGCACAGCACAGAUACGUUGUUGCACGCAAAUGUAAUGUGGUCUAAUGUAUGUAUUAAGAAAUUUCAAUAAAUGUAAAAAUGCCAAAUAUAUUAUGUUUUUUUUUAAAGAUAUGUUAUCUAUCUUUGUCUAAUGAUAGUUACAAAGAUUCUAAAAUUUCAUAUAUAGCCAUUAAAGCUGAA